AUGUCACAAUUCCAACUUGAACAAUCGUCAGUGAUCAAAACUGCUCCGCCAGGCCUUGAUUGUAUCUUUUUGCAGAAUGAGCCGAUCGACUUGGCGCCUUUGACGCAGUCAAAUCUUCAAGAUCUUUCAAAAAUGCAACCGAUCGAUCUAAACUAUUACAAUACAAAUUACCAACGAGCAUACGAGUAUGCCGCAAUCGGACUUGGUGGUCAUAAUCAGUCAUCAUUAAUUCCGCUCUAUUAUGGUUUUCCGAACGGUGUUGUACAACAAGAUUGGGGACGACCAAUGGACACCUAUACGGCAUAUCCACGAGCCACUACGCUUCAGUACAAUCCGCAAGAAGCAGCACAAACCGAACAGCGCGGUGUCUAUAAGAGUGUGGACAUGCCGAGUCCAGUUGAUUCAGGAAUUGGAGCCGAUUUGUCGAUGAUCGCCGGCGGCACGAAAGAGGAAUUUUUCCAGAGUGCUAGUGAUACAAUACUUGAACGAUCCGCUGAACGAGCACUUAGUCAUCGAGAUUCACCAGUGGUUAUACCAAAGUUGCACAAUCCACUAGGUUUUCAAUACGUUCUCGAAGCACCAAUCUCAACAUCCGUUCGUAAAGAAGACGAUCGAAUGACGUACGUGAAUAAAGGACAAUUCUACACGGUCUCUCUCGACUACAUUCCUGACAUCAAUAAACCAUUGAAGAGCGUCACUGUAAAGAGUCAGUUGAUGAUCGUCUUUCGAGAAGACAAGACGUACGAGGAAGAGAUCAAGACCUGGCAGUUCUGGCACAGUCGUCAACACUCGGCAAAACAACGCAUUCUUGAGGUGGACAGCAAGAACAGUUCCGGUAUGAUCGGUCAAAUCGAAGAGAUCGCUCACAAUGCCGUUCAGUUCUACUGGAAUCCAUCCGAGAACGGUGUCAAGAUCAGCAUCGCAACCCAAUGUUUGUCGACUGACUUCUCGAAUCAGAAAGGUGUUAAAGGUUUACCGCUACAUGUUCAAAUCGACACCUAUGACGGUGACAAUGAUAAGCAGCCGUUUCAUCGUGGUUAUUGUCAAAUCAAGGUGUUCUGCGAUAAGGGCGCCGAACGAAAGUUGCGGGACGAAGACAAACGAAACCAAAAACGAAAACUAGCAGGAGCUUUAUCAGGUCGAAAGAAGACGGACGGCGAAUAUCAUGAACCGUGUGAACGAUCAGAAUUCUAUCAUAUGAGGGAAUUGGACAAGCCGGCAGCGCUCUUCAUCGCUCCAGAUGAGUACGAUUCACGAUAUCUUGAUGGCACAUCCAUAGGGUACGAUAGCCUGUCAGACAUGGAACCGGUAGCGAAACGACCGCGACCAUCCGAACGAAUAAUGCUAUACGUCCGGAAACGAGACGAUCAGAUCUACACACCAUUACACGUGAUUCCACCAUCAUUAGAUGGUUUAGCGCAAGCUGUCGCACACAAAUUCGGCAUCGAUUCGCAAAAGAUUACCGGUCUCUAUAAACGAUGCGCUAAAGGGGUGACGGUAAAAAUGGAUGAUGACAUGUUACGCCACUAUUGUAAUGAAGACACAUUCAUCUUGGAUGUUGAACCGGCUCCAGAAGAUGCUACAUGUCUAGCCGCUACGCUAGUCGAAAUUAUGCCACCCCAGUAUCAAUCAAAUUCCGGAUAA